AUGGAAAAUUCGUGCAACACCCCAAUUUUCAACGAGAUAGACUCAACACCGAUUCCACCGGACAUCGAAGGAGACAAAGAGUACCACCUCAAAUUAUGUCUUUGCCCACUUUGCAAGCAUGGGAUGGAGGUAUUUGGCGCGAAGCGACCCGUUUCGUGGAUCAUGAUUUGUCGUGUCAUUUUGUACUCUCUCAUGGAAAUACACAAAGGGACUGUAUAUUUUUCGCUCAAAGACGACAUCCACGGUUUUGUUGCGCAACAUUGGCAUAUUUUCGGACAACUCGACCAAUUCAAAACAAAUCCCAACCGUUGGAAAAAAAGCUUUCUCGAUGGACUCUCACACAGUCCAUUUUUCCAGAGCGGCACGCUGACUCUGAAAAAGCCCAAUUUCUGGAAAUUGCGUCGUCGCGAUUGCCCAUGGGUUAAAACGAAAAAAACGGAACUCACCGAGACAGACGAUGCCGAGGCAAAGGACGAAAAAAAGACACCGCGGAAGAGUGCAAUUCUCAAAUCACCGACGCUUGAUCCGCAAACGAUCACAACGAAAGAGAAUGCACGAGAAUUUCUGCGGGAGUCUGUUGAACGGAUGAAAACACAACUCGACAAAUGCCACGAGGUCUGUCAGGAACUUGUUAAAGACCCCACACAUGCCAAUGAGAUGAAGAUGAUCGAUGACCAACUUAAUUACGUUCACAACUCGCUAAACGUCGUCUCCGCGAAUUUGGAGAUGACGCUCUUCUGA